AUGCCCUGCUUCAAAGGUCUUGCUGUGAGCAUACACACUCCCACAGGGCCUUUGCCAGAAUACUCUGUACAGAGAACCUCUCGUCUCUCAAGAAUCAGCGCUUACAUCCCCGUGCCACCUGCACAAAUCCCUGCCGACUCUCUGACGGGAAAACCCGAGCAAUCGACCUUUGCUAUCUCUAUCACCCUCCUCACCCCUGGUCAGGAAGUACCUUACUCCACCCCUAAGGCAACACCAGAUGUUCCGAAUCCCAAACCCAAACUUGUCGGGGGCCUUCCAGGUCACACAAGUGAACGAGGAAAAUACACUAGUUCAGUUGGGCCUUAUGUCCCCUUGACAACCUCCCCUAACGAAACUAUUGCCGCCUACAUUUACUUUGAUGGCCGAGCCAAAGAGGAGGUUGCAACACUACUCAGAAAGGGAGAGGAGACGUGGGUGAAUUCCCGAUGGGUCAGUGUUCCUGAGAAAGAGGGAGGUGGUCUAGCAGAACGCGAGUUUUUAUUCCGUGAAGUCGGUCUCGAGCGCUGGUUGAAUGGUCUGGACCUCGAUGGAAAGGACGCCGCAGCAACAAUUGAGAGACGCAGACAGAAACUGGAGAGAAGACGACGAAAGCGGAAGGAAACCACCGGGAGCGAUGAUGACACCAAUGGACUCUCAAAGAAGGACAAAAGAAAGAACACCAUGCGCUAUGGCGAAGAUGGAGAAUUGAAGGACGUUUCCGAUGACGAGGGCUCCGUAAGCGAGAGCGGUUCCUCAGAAGACGAUGAUGACCCGAUACCAGAAGCAGCUGGGCAGAUCAAGGUUGCCUUGUUCCGAGUGUUGGCUUCUGGAGAGAUCAAACGCGGAGAAUAUUCACCUCAAUUCGAUGCCCACGAUGACUCAGAAGGCUCAGACGUCGGAGAAGGCGCUGGUAAUGGUGAAGGCAAGAACCGAGCUGAUGUCGACCACACUACCAGCUUUGCCAAACCCAAAACCCUGGACCCCAAAACCAUCUCAACACAGACGGUGACUGGUAUUGACCCUACCGAUAAACCAUAUGCUGUCUUCACAUUCCUUUAUCGGGGAGAACGCCAGUUACAGAAGAUGGGUAUCCUUUCUGGACCCAAGACCGAUAAGGCGGCGGUCAGCACCAAGAGACGUAGCAUAGCGGCGGAGCUUCCCAAACUUGGGCCCCUGAAGAAAGAAGGUUCUGCCGGCUUUUCAACCUUCCGCGACUCGGAACGUCGGCGGAGUCGAAAGGGUAAAGGAACAAGCGAUGAUGAGAUGGAAAGCGAGAGCGACGAUGACGGUGCUGGCAUCAUUGGCAAGAUGGAGGACAUCAAUGAUGCAGAUGCAAAGAGAGAUCCGAGCAUGCUGAGUCCAGAAGAUGCUGAGCGGACAGGUCAGGUUGCAGAGGGCAUCCGUAAAAUGAAGCUCAAGCGACAGCAUUCGGCGGAACCGCUGAAUAGCAACGGCAUAACAGAACCUCGCAAGAGCUCGAAAUCUGGUAGCACUUCGGGUAAUUCGACACCCAAAGCUGGCGCUGUUGAGCUUGGUACGUCACCUGCAGGCACGAAUACGGGGUCCAUGGGUUUGAGCAGCAGCCUGGACGUUCAAAAGGACGAUGAGAGUUUCAUGGUCGGCAGUCCGAUGAAGCGACAUCGGGCUAGCAUUGCGGACUUUGACGAUGACAUCAAAAGCCGAUUAGGGGGUAGCACGUCCACGUUUUCGAACGCUAUCGGCGAGGUUCUUGGGGCUUUGGGACCAUCUCAACCGACUGCGACUAGUUCAACUGCUUCUGGCCUGCAGUUUGGAGGGCCGUUGGUCAAAGAGUCGACAGCUGGCGACGAUGAAGAGCUCUGA